AUGGCCGAUUCACUAAACCCCCCAUUGUCCUACGAGGCAUCUGCCACUACCACCCACCCUCAUGUGGCCACUUCCCUCCCAUCCGAGGUCAUCCAAUGCCUGAAGAACUCCCGCUUCCUGCAUCUGGCAACAUGCGAUGACAAGACGCCUCACAUCUCUCUGAUGUCGUACACCUAUCUGCCCUCGACCCCGUUCGACCCCAACCCCACCAUCAUCAUGACCACUAACCCCGCAUCGCGGAAAACCAACCACCUCUUGUCCAACCCGCGCGUCUCGCUGCUGGUCCACGACUGGGUCUCACAUCGCCCGCCCACCAGGGCCCCCACACACGGGGAUCGUGAUGGCUCCCCGCCACCCGCGGCUACGCGCUCCUCGCUGGCCAGCCUGCUGCUGAACUUGAAUACCAGUGCACUGUCGAGCAUCUCGACGACCAUCUGUGGAGAAGCGCAGUUUUUGGAGUCUGGCUCGGAAGAGGAGUCGUGGUGCAAAGCUCGCCAUUUGGAAAAUAACACCUUCGAGGAGGAGGAGAUCAACACCUUUGGUCAGCAGCAGGAUCCUAGUCAAAGACGGCCGAGUCUUGGGCUGGAUACGGAUGUGCGGGUCGUUACGGUGAGAGUUACGGAGGGCCGCAUUGCGGAUUGGAAGGGCGGUGUUCGCGAUUGGACUCUGCUCCCGGCUGAAUCGCAGGAUGCUGGGCUGGUCAACGGCGUGCCAUCUUCAUAG